UUGGCUUCUCGAACCACUUCCGUUAAGAAACCGUCUUGACAAGAGAGAAGCUGACAAGGAGCUAGCUGUGUCAAGACUGCAAGUUCUUUGAAGACCGAAGAAACGUUAUAGCUAUCACAGCACACAUACAGAGGUUGCAUUCGCCUGGUAGCCACAGCCAUGGCUAGCGAGCCUGGGCUAGUGGACGAUGCCCCCACUAUGUCUCUAGGACCUCCUGCAGAAGUGGAGCAGCUUCAUGCCUACCUCCUGCGAGCAGUCCCGGUACUACUGGAAGAAGAUGUCCUACCAGACACUAAAGAUCUGGAGAAUCUUAUGAAAUCGUCUAGUGACAAACUGAAACGCUUCAUUGAGGACCCUCAAGAGAGGACACUAUUCGUUAUGAAGACAAUGGCGCCUGAGGGAGGUGAGGAUGAAACAGACGAUGAUGUCACCACGGACACACCCACUUUCAAGGCCUCGUACGAGCUCCUGCUGGGUCUCAACUAUACACCCACUCGUAGCGUGGGUGUCGGUUUCAUCAAGAGAGGUCCGACUAUUGAAGCUGAUAAAUCUGUGAGAGCUCAGCUGAGAAUCAUGAACUUCAGUGAAGACUCUCCCUUUGAGACACUCCACUCGUAUAUCAGGGACGCAGUGACUCCAUACUUCACAUCCUUCAUCACCGCUACCAAAAAGUCAACAGAGGGUGACAAGCUGGUGCCCUCGGUACAGAAGAAGAUCAAUGAGUUGGAGGUGGGACUGCUCCAUCUGCAACAGAACAUUGACAUCCCUGAGAUAACGCUGACUGUGCAUCCACACAUCAUAGCAGUUGUCAAGAAAGCAGCUGAGGAUGGCCGCAGGCCAAAGGUCGAGGACCUGGAGGAUUCAGUGUCAGACUCUUCAUUCCUCAAUGCCAUUCAGAAAGAUGUCAGCCGCUGGGUCAGAGAGAUACAGAAGGUGACCCGGUUGGAGCGUGAUGCCUCUAGUGGUACUGCCCUCCAGGAGAUCAGCUUCUGGCUCAAUCUGGAGAAUGCCCUCAACCGUAUCCACCGUAAGAGAGACAGUCCCGAGGUGGACCUGACAUUGGAGUUACUAAAGGCUGGGAAGAGGUUCCACACCACACUGAGCUUUGACUCAGACACUGGCCUGAAGGAGGUCCAGGACAAGGUGAGCAACUACAGUUCCCUCAUGAAGGACUUCCCUGUGCAUGAGCUGCAUGGUGCCAAUGAUCUGGAGUCCAUCAAAACAGCCGUGGUGCUGAUAUAUACACACAUGAGGAAGAUGAGGACCACCACCUACCCAGCACAGAGGGCCAUCCAUCUCAUUGAGGCUAUCUCACGUGAUCUCAAUGCUCAGCUGCUCAAGGUCCUUGGUACCAGGAAGCUCAUGUUGGUGACACACGAGGAGUUUGAAAAGAUCAUGGUGCUCGGGUAUCGAGUGUUCUCCACUUGGGACGAUGAGUACGACAAGUUCAGCACUCUCCUGCGUGAUGUGUCCAAGAAGAAGAGGGAAGAGACUCUCAAGUUCUCAUGGCGUGCUAACUCAGCUCACAAGAAGCUUCAGGAUAGGAUCACCAGGAUGAGAGAGUUUCGCAAACAGCAUGAGCAGCUCCAGCAAGUCAUCAUGCGUGUCCUGCGCUCUCAGUCGAGUGCCACGCCCACAGAGGGUGCAGAGCUUGAGACUGAUGACCUCUCGGCUGUGAGAGAGGUCAAACUGGCCUAUGAGAAUGUGAAGGUGGUGGACUGUCUCGACAUAUCCCCCGAGGGCAAUGCAGCCUGGGAGGCCGCCCUCAAAAGGUAUGAUGAGAGGAUAGAUCGUGUUGAGACACGCAUUGCAGCUCGCCUGAGGGACCAGCUGGGCACGGCCAAGAGUGCUAUAGAGAUGUUCCGUAUAUUCUCACGCUACAACGCUCUCCUAGUGAGGGCGCAUAUACGAGGGGCUAUCAGGGAAUACCAGACACAGCUCAUACAGAGAGUCAAGGAUGACAUAGAGAGCCUGCAUAACAAGUUCAAGAUGCAGUACAGCAAGACAUCGACGUACAAGAUCUGCACCAAGUUGGACUUUCCCCCAGUCUCUAGUGCCAUCAUCUGGGCCAGACAGAUUGAUCGUCAGCUGCAGACGUACCUCCAGCGUGUGGAGGCAGUGUUGGGGGCUGGCUGGGAGAAGCACGUCGAGGGUCAGCGUCUCAAGGAAGAUGGAGACUCGUUCAGACAAAAGCUCAACACCCAACCUCUCUUUGAUGACUGGAGGAAGAAGGUGGAGGCUCGUCAACAGGUCGUGUCUGGUCGUAUCUUCAACAUAGUGAGUCAGCGCACACGCAACGGAACCAUCCUCCGCCUACAAGUGAACUUUGCACCCGAGAGCAUCACACUAGCCAAAGAGGUACGUAACCUCAAGUGGCUAGGGUUCAGAGUUCCCUUUGCCAUCGUGAACCAGGCUAACCAGGCCAACCAGUUGUACCCUCACGCCGUCUCACUCAUGGAGAGCAUUAGAACCUACGAACUCACCUGUCAGAAGAUUGACGCCCACCAGGGUAUCUCUAAGCUUGUAGCCUCGCUCAAGUGUGACGUACAGGAGCAGAUACGCGAGGGCUGUGGUGUUGCAUGGGACUCGUACAAACUGGAGAACUUUGUUCAGAAAUUCUCAGAGUGCAUAUUCAACUUCCAAGAGAGAGUUGACGACGUGUUGUCCUAUACUGACAGCAUUGAUGACUUAGUGUGCUCCCUGGAGAUGUGUGAGUACAAGACAGGACUGUUCAAGGAUGUGCUGGAGAAGGUGCAGAAGCUCGUGGAUGAUCUCAACCUCCGCUCUUACUCCAACCUCGUGGCCUGGGUGGGCCAUCUCGACGGGAAGAUAGAGGAGCGCCUCAUCAAGCGUCUCCACUUGUCCAUCACUGCGUGGACUGAGUGCUUGUGUGGAGUCUCGUCAGAAGGGGGCGGGGUCGACACCUCUAUGGACACCACACCCUCCAACACCCCCAUCACUGUCAAACUAGGGGGCACUCCACAACUUGAGACUGUUCGGAACGAGCUACACAUCACUAAUCAGGUGAUGCAUCUGAGACCCCCCACAGAGAUGACACGAGUGAAACUAGUCGCUCAGUUGCAUGAGUGGGUGGCUACUGUCACCGCGUUGCCACGGCUACAGAGCACACGAUAUCAGGUUGGUCUGGAUGAGGUCAGCCCGACUGAAGCCACUUAUCGCUCUCUACUGGGCAAGCUGAUGAAGGAUGACUCCGGUCCACUGGUCCAGGCCUAUGCUGCCAUAGAGGGCCUCGUGGGGGAGGUAGACAUCUACGUUAAGGAGUGGCUUCAGUACCAGAGUCUGUGGGACAUGGAACCUGGCAAUAUCUACAGCAGACUGGAGUCAGACAUUUCAAAGUGGCAGAAGCUGCUCAUGGAUGUCAAGAAGUCUCGUAAGACCAUUGACACGACUGACACACUACGCUCCUUUGGACCAGUUGAGAUACACUAUGGUAAAGUACAGCAGAAGGUCACUCUCAAGUAUGACAGCUGGCAUAGGGAGAUCCUGUCACGCUUUGGUGCUCUCCUCGGAGAGAAUAUGACCGACUUCCACUCUAACGUCACCAAGAGUCGUACAGAGCUUGAGAACCACUCAGUGGAUGCGUCCACCACCUCCGAGGCUGUCAGCUUCAUCACACUGCUGCAAGAGCUCAAGAGGAAAGUCCGCAGCUGGGAGGAGAAUGUCGAGGUGUUCAGAGCUGGGGAGAAGAUACUGGACCGCCAGAGGUACCAGUUCCCGCCCACGUGGAUCUAUGUGGAUAAUGUGGAGGGCGAGUGGGGGGCCUUCAAUGAGAUACUGCGUCGGAAGGACUCGUCCAUGCAGACACAGAUCGGCACACUACAGAUGAAGAUUGUCACUGAAGACAAAGCAGUCGAGGCCAAAACACAAGAGCUACUGGCCGAGUGGGAGAAGGGGAAACCUGUGCAGGGUGACCUUCGACCUGACGAUGCUGCCAGCACUCUCACUAUCUUUGAGGGCAAGUUCACACGUUUGAAGGAAGACAGGGACAAUCUCAUCAAAGCCAAGGAAGCCCUGGAACUAGCCGACCCUGGCCUGGUCAGUGGCGGGGAUGACCGUGUCAUCGUCGCACUUGAGGAGCUACAAGACCUCAAGGGAGUCUGGGUGGAGCUGGAGAAGAUCUGGACCAAGAUAGAAGAGUUGAAGGAGCGGCCGUGGUUGUCAGUGGCCCCUCGGAAGGUUCGGCAGACCUUGGACGCCCUCUUGCAGCAGCUCAAGACUUUCCCAUCACGACUCAAACAGUACGCAUCAUUCGAAUAUGUGCAGAGCAAGCUCAAGAGUUACACCAAGGUGAACGUGUUGGUGACAGAACUCAAGUCUGAGGCCUUGAAGGACCGUCACUGGAAACAACUUAUGAAGAAGCUCAGAGUGUCCUGGCAACUGCAUGACCUCACACUGGGGCAGGUGUGGGUAGUGGACCUGCAGAGGAAUGAGAUGAUAGUGAGGGACAUCAUCCUGGUAGCUCAGGGAGAGAUGGCACUAGAGGAGUUCCUGAAAAUGGUUCGAGACUCAUGGCAAAACUAUGAGCUAGAACUCAUCAACUACCAGAACAAGUGCAAGAUCAUUCGAGGCUGGGACGACUUAUUCACUAAGGUCAAGGAGCACAUCAACUCAGUCACAGCUAUGAAGCUCUCCCCCUACUACAAGGUGUUUGAGGAUGAUGCUCUAUCCUGGGAGGACCGGCUCAACAGGAUCAACGCGUUGUUUGAUGUCUGGAUCGAUGUCCAGCGCAGAUGGGUCUAUCUAGAGGGGAUAUUCACGGGCUCUGCUGACAUCAAACAUCUGCUUCCAAACGAAUCACAGCGGUUUCAAAGCAUAAGCUCCGAGUUCCUGGGGCUCAUGCGUAAAGUAACCAAGUCCCCCCUAGUGAUGGACGUGCUCAAUAUCCCAGGGGUACAGAAGAGUCUUGAGCGGUUGGCAGAUCUGUUGGGCAAGAUACAGAAAGCUCUCGGAGAAUAUCUUGAGAGAGAGAGAGCUUCGUUUCCACGAUUCUAUUUCGUUGGAGACGAAGACCUGUUGGAAAUCAUUGGUAACAGCAAAAAUGUCCCCAAGCUGCAAAAACACUUCAAAAAAAUGUUUGCCGGCGUCUCCUCUUUAGUACUCUCCGAAGACGAAACUCUUGUAUUAGGAAUCAGCUCCCGAGAGGGGGAGCAGGUAAUGUUCAAAGAGCCAGUCAAUAUCGUAAAGAACCCUAAGAUCAAUCAGUGGCUAAUGAUGGUGGAAAAAGCCAUGAGAAUGAACUUGGCCACUCUGCUGUCACAAGCAGUAGACGGUAUCUCACACUUCAACACAGACAACAUCAAUCCAGCUCAGUACAUGUCUUGGGUGGACAGCUACCAGGCACAGCUCGUCGUACUAGCCAAUCAGAUCGCUUGGUCAUCUUCUGUGGAGGAGGUGCUCCAGGGGGGUCGGCCAGUGGAGGGGGUACUGAAAGUUGUUCAGUGCACACUCACUGUCCUGGCCGACUCCGUCUUGCAGGAACAACCACCAGUAAGGAGGAAGAAGCUGGAGCACCUCAUCACUGAACUUGUCCACCAGAGAGACACUACCCGCAUGCUCAUCAACAAUGGUGUGACAGAUCCACGCCGCUUUGAGUGGCUCUCUCAGAUGCGUUUCUAUUUCGAUCCUAAGAACACGGACGUGUUGCAGCAACUCUCCAUCCACAUGGCCAACGCACGAUUUAAUUAUGGAUUUGAGUAUCUGGGGGUACAGGACAAACUUGUCCAAACCCCCCUGACAGACCGUUGCUACCUCACGAUGACACAAGCCCUGGAGGAGAGGCUUGGGGGGUCACCGUUUGGCCCGGCCGGCACUGGCAAGACUGAGUCAGUCAAGGCGCUGGGCCACCAGCUUGGACGAUUUGUACUCGUCUUCAACUGCGAUGAAACAUUCGACUUUCAGGCCAUGGGUCGUAUUUUCGUCGGUCUGUGCCAAGUUGGGGCGUGGGGUUGCUUCGAUGAGUUUAACAGGCUGGAGGAGAGGAUGCUGUCUGCUGUAUCUCAGCAGAUCCAGAUGAUCCAAGAGGCUCUCAAAGAGCACGGACACCAGGCCCAAGAGACGCUUGGUUCGGGCAGCAAGCCAAUCAUUGUUGAGCUAGUUGGGAAGAGCGUCAAGAUCAACCAGGACAUGGCCAUCUUCAUCACGAUGAACCCUGGAUAUGCUGGCCGCUCCAACCUGCCAGAUAAUCUCAAGCAGUUGUUCAGAAGUCUGGCUAUGACAAAGCCUGAUCGCCAGUUGAUUGCUCAGGUGAUGCUCUACUCACAGGGCUUUAGGACUGCCGAGAUCCUGGCAUCAAAGAUAGUACCCUUCUUCAAACUGUGUGAUGAGCAACUGUCCAAUCAGUCUCACUACGACUUCGGGCUCCGAGCUCUGAAGAGUGUUCUAGUCAGUGCAGGCAAUGUCAAGAGGGAUUGUAUCAAGAGGAUUAAGGCUGAGCUGACACAGAAGCAGGAGGUCAUUGAUGAGGGCAGCAUCGCAGAGAAACUACCCGAGCAGGAGAUCCUGAUCCAGUCAGUGUGUGAGACCAUGGUACCCAAGCUAGUAGCUGAGGAUAUCCCGUUGCUGCACAGCCUGUUAUCAGAUGUGUUCCCUGGUGUGCGCUACACGCGAGCAGAGAUGGAUCCACUCAGGAGAGAGAUCACCAAGGUCUGCGAUGAACUGCAGCUAGUCUCUGGAGAGGCAGGCUCUCAGUGGGUGGAGAAGGUUCUCCAACUCUACCAGAUCACCCAGUUGCAUCAUGGCUUGAUGAUGGUCGGGCCCAGUGGUAGUGGAAAGUCCACAGCUUGGAAGGUGCUACUGAAGGCUCUUGAGAGGCUGGAGGGAGUAGAGGGGGUGGCACACGUCAUUGACCCCAAGGCCAUAUCCAAGGAAGACUUGUAUGGUGUCCUAGACCCUAACACUAGAGAAUGGACUGACGGACUGUUUACUCAUAUACUCAGGAAAAUCAUUGACAAUGUUCGUGGGGAGAUCAACAAGCGUCAGUGGAUUGUGUUUGAUGGUGACGUUGACCCUGAGUGGGUGGAGAAUCUGAACUCUGUCCUGGACGACAACAAGCUGCUCACACUACCCAAUGGAGAGAGACUCAGUCUACCACCAAACAUUCGUGUGAUGUUUGAGGUACAGGAUCUGCGCUAUGCUACCUUGGCAACGGUGUCACGUUGUGGCAUGGUGUGGUUCAGUGAAGAUGUUCUCUCCCUGGAUAUGGUAUUUGAGAACUUCUUGUCACGCCUCCGUAACAUCUCAUGUGAGGAGGGGGAGGAGUCUCGGAUAGGGGGCGGGGCCAAGAACGAAGACGUCUCUCCUACACUACAGGUCCAGCGUGAUUGUGCAGACCUGCUGGCACCGCACUUUAGCUCGGACGGGCUAGUUGUGAGGGCACUGGCGUAUGCCAGCAAGCUGGAUCACAUCAUGGACUUUACUAGACUCAGAGCUCUCAACUCUCUGUUCUCAAUGCUCAACCAACUCGUGAGGAACGUCCUCAACUAUAAUCAGUCACAUCCGGACUUCCCUAUGGCCUUUGAUCAGCUAGAACAGUAUGUUCCUCGCUAUUUGGUUUACUCUCUCCUCUGGUCAUUCUCUGGUGAUGCCAAGAUAAAGAGCCGGGUUGAGAUGGGGGAGUUCAUCAGGGGAGUAACCACCAUCCCCCUCCCUGGGUCCAGCACUCCUAUCAUAGACUAUGAGGUCACCAUACAGGGGGAGUGGUCACAAUGGUUGAACAAGGUGCCAAAGAUUGAAGUGGAGACUCACAACGUUGGAUCACCAGAUAUAGUAGUGCCAACCCUAGAUACUGUACGCCACGAGACCUUACUGUACACAUGGUUGGCUGAGCACAAGCCCAUGGUCUUAUGUGGACCACCUGGCUCUGGGAAAACUAUGACUUUAUUCUCUGCUCUCAGGGCGCUACCAGAUAUGGAGGUGGUUGGACUGAACUUCUCUAGUGCUACAACACCAGAACUGUUACUAAAAACUUUCGAUCAUUACUGUGAGUACAGAAGAACCCCCAAUGGUGUUGUCAUGGCACCCAUCCAGCUCGGCAAAUGGGUUGUGCUCUUCUGUGAUGAAAUUAACCUGCCAGAUACUGACAAAUACGGUACCCAGAGAGUGAUAUCUUUCUUGCGGCAGAUAGUGGAGCACGGUGGGUUCUAUAGAACCUCCGAUCAGACGUGGAUCCACUUGGAGAGGAUCCAGUUUGUGGGGGCGUGUAAUCCGCCCACAGAUCCAGGCAGAAAACCGCUCACUCAUCGAUUCCUUCGCCACGUACCUGUCAUCUAUGUUGACUACCCGGCUGCUGCUUCCCUCCGCCAGAUCUACGGCACCUUCAACAGAGCCAUGCUGCGACUGGUGCCUAACCUGAGAGCCUACGCCGACCCGCUGACCGAGGCUAUGGUUGAGUUCUACACCAUGUCUCAAGAGCGGUUCACACAGGACAUGCAGCCUCACUACAUCUACAGCCCCAGAGAGAUGACACGCUGGGUGAGAGGUGUGUACGAGGCCCUCAAGCCAUUGGAGACCCUCCCAGUGGAGGGGCUGGUCAGGAUAUGGGCACACGAGGCACUGCGUCUGUUCCAGGAUCGUCUGGUGUAUGAUGAGGAGAGGAUGUGGACUGAUGAGAAUGUGAACAUGGUGGCUGUCAAGCACUUCCCUAAUGUGGACUCCAAGACGGCCCUCGCCAGACCAAUUCUGUACAGUAACUGGCUGUCUAAGGACUACCUGCCAGUGGAACAAGAGGAGCUGCGUAGCUACGUGCAAGCGCGUCUCAAGGUCUUCUAUGAGGAGGAGUUGGACGUCCCCCUGGUCUUGUUCAAUGAAGUCUUAGAUCAUGUGCUCCGAAUUGACAGAAUAUUUAAGCAGAAACAGGGUCAUCUGCUACUGAUAGGUGUGAGUGGAGCUGGGAAGACCACCCUCUCCCGCUUUGUGGCGUGGAUCAAUGGCCUCUCGCUAUACCAGAUCAAGGUACAUCGCAGGUACACGGCCGCUGACUUCGACGAUGACCUCCGCGCUGUACUCCGUCGCUCUGGCUGUAAGGAUGAGAAGAUCGUGUUCAUUUUGGAUGAGUCUAACAUCCUGGACUCUGGUUUCCUGGAGAGGAUGAACACCUUGCUAGCCAAUGGAGAGGUACCUGGUCUGUUUGAAGGUGAUGACUUCACUACACUCAUGACGCAGUGUAAGGAGGGCUCACAAAGGGAGGGGCUUAUGCUUGACUCCACUGAGGAACUCUACAAGUGGUUCACCCAGAAGGUGAUGCGUAACCUCCAUGUGGUGUUCACCAUGAACCCUUCCUCUGAGGGACUCAAGGACAGAGCAGCCACAUCACCAGCUCUCUUCAAUAGGUGUGUGCUGAACUGGUUUGGUGAUUGGUCAAUGGGAGCACUGUAUCAGGUUGGGCUCGAGUUCACCAACAAAGUAGACCUCGAUAAAUCAGAUUACAUUUGCCCUGAGGUGUUCCCCUCAGUGUACCAAGACCUGGCCCCAACACCCACACACAGACAAGCCAUCAUCAAUGCCUUUGUGUAUGUCCACCAAACUCUACACCAGGCCAACUCUCGACUGAGUAAGAGGGGUGCUAGCACCAUGGCCCUCACACCUAGGCAUUACCUAGACUUCAUCAACCAUUACGUGAAGCUGUACAACGAGAAGCGCAGUGAUCUAGAAGAGCAACAGCUCCAUCUCAAUGUUGGACUAGCUAAAAUCCGUGAGACAGUUGACCAGGUGGAGGAGCUCCAGUCAUCGCUCUCCAUCAAGAAGAAUGAACUGGAACAGAAGAAUGCUCUGGCCAACCAAAAACUCAAGCAAAUGGUGAAGGACCAACAAGAAGCUGAGAAGAGAAAGGUAACGUCUCAAGAGAUCCAGGAGCAGCUUAGAAAUCAAACGAUUCACGUGACAGCUAAGAGGGAGGUGGUCCUGGGGGACUUGGCCAAGGUGGAGCCAGCUGUCAAGGAGGCCCAGAGUGCUGUACAAUCGAUAAAAAAACAGCAACUUGUGGAGAUCCGAGCACUCCAACAUCCUCCUAAGAUGGUGAAGAUGGCCCUCGAGAGUAUUUGCAUGCUCUUGGGGGAACCAUCUAAAGACUGGAAGGCCAUCCGUCAAAUCAUUAUCAGAGAUAACUUCAUUGCUUCCAUCAUAAACUUUAACACUGAGAUGAUCACGGAGGAUAUACGACAAGCUUUGGAUCGAGAGUUCUUAUCUGACCCUAACUACAACUAUGAGGGUGUCAACAGAGCCAGCAAAGCUUGUGGCCCCCUUGUCAAGUGGGCCAUAGCUCAGCUUGGCUACGCUGAGAUGCUCAACAAAGUAGACCCACUGAGGCAGGAGUUGCGCACAUUGGAGGAGAGCGCCGAAACUACACGUAUCAAGGGCGAGGAGAUUGAAAAGAUCGUGGUAGACCUCGAGAGGAGCAUCAACAUGUACAAGGAAGAGUACGCCAUCCUCAUCAGUGAGGCCAACGCUAUCAAGAAUGAUCUAGCCACUGUGGAGGCUAAGGUUGAGCGCAGCAAGGCCUUGUUAGGCAGUCUAGGGGAUGAGAGGGAGAGAUGGGACGCUGGGAGUGAGACGUUCAAGAGUCAAAUGGCCACCAUCAGUGGAGAUGUACUGCUAACCUCGGCCUUCAUGGCAUACGCUGGGUACUUUGAUCAGGCCUUCCGUCAGUCUCUGUUCUCAUCAUGGAUGAAUCAUCUGGGUCAGGCUAACAUCGCAUACAGACAAGACCUCGCCAGAGUGGAGUAUUUAUCGAAUGCUGACGAUCGUCUCAAGUGGCAGUCCAACUCGUUGCCUAGUGAUGACCUGUGUGUGGAGAAUGCUAUCAUGAUCCAGCGCUUCAAUCGCUACCCUCUCAUCAUUGACCCCUCAGGGCAGGCCACAGAGUUCAUUAUGAACGAAUACAAAGACAGGAAGAUCUCAAAGACUAGUUUCUUGGACGACUCAUUUCGUAAGAAUCUUGAAAGUGCUCUGAGAUUCGGCAACCCUCUUCUGGUUCAGGAUGUUGAGAGUUAUGACCCUAUAUUGAACCCUGUGCUCAACCGUGAGGUCCGUAAGACAGGUGGGCGUGUGCUUAUCACCCUGGGAGACCAGGACAUUGACCUGUCACCAUCCUUCACCAUCUUCCUCUCCACUAGGGACCCCUCUGUUGAGUUCCCUCCGGACCUGUGCUCUCGAGUAACCUUUGUGAACUUUACCGUGACCCGAGGCUCCCUCCAGACACAGUGCCUCAAUCAAGUGCUCAAGGCAGAGAGACCAGAUGUGGACAAGAAAAGAUCUGACCUCCUCAAGCUCCAGGGAGAGUUCUUAUUGAGACUACGUCAUCUUGAGCAGUCUCUCCUCCAGGCACUAAACGAGGUUAAAGGUCGUAUCCUCGACGAUGAUAGGAUUAUUGGUCAGUUGGAGACCCUAAAGAAGGAGGCGGCUGAGGUCCAGCGCAAGGUUGAUGAGACUGACAUUGUGAUGGGAGAGGUGGAGACUGUGUCCCAACAAUACAUGCCUCUGUCAUCAGCCUGCUCCUCGAUAUACUUCACACUGGAGUCUCUACACCAGGUUCACUUCUUAUACCAAUAUUCUCUCAAGUUCUUCUUGGAGAUAUUCCAAGUCGUUCUCACAGCCAACCCUCACCUCAAGGGAUUGUCUGACCACACAAAGAGACUGCACCACAUAACCUAUGACAUGUUCCAGACUGUGUUCAACCGAGUGUCUCGAGGAAUGCUACAUGAUGACAGGAUAGUACUGUCCGUCCUUCUCUGUAGGAUCUAUCUCAAGGGCAUGUCAGAAGAGGAUGACUACGUGAGUGAAUUUGACUAUUUCCUGCGAGGGAAAGAGUCGAUGAGAUUGGACACUAGGGUCACUCCAAUCACUGGCCUGGAUAAGACCCAGUUGUUGAGCAUGCAGCACUUGUCGAAGCAACUGAGAGCCUUCGCUAACCUUCCUAACUAUGUGUCAGGUAACCCAGAGUUCCUGGACUGGUUGGACUGCUCUAAUCCUGAGCUGUCUGUGCCAGAGUGCUGGGAGACUGACAGAGACCUGUCUCCUAUUGGUCGUGCUGUGUAUCGGAUGCUGGUGAUACAAGCCUUCAGGGCAGACAGGCUGUUAGCUAUAGCUUCACAUCUGGUCAUAGCUGUGUUUGGAGAGGUCUUCCAACAGCACUCAGAGCAGGAGAUGGACCUGGCCAACAUCGUGGCUACAGAGGUGAAGUCUAACACGCCCAUCCUCCUGUGCUCUGUGACUGGAUAUGAUGCUAGUGGACGAGUGGAUGAUCUCGCUACUCAACAGAGCAAGCAGUGUACAUCCAUCGCCAUUGGAUCUGCGGAGGGCUUCAACCUGGCUGAAAAGGCCAUCAACAGUGCUUCAAAGACAGGUCGCUGGGUACUCUUGAAGAAUGUUCAUCUGGCUCCACAAUGGCUGGUGCAGCUGGAGAAAAAGCUCCACUCUCUGACUCCCCACGCUAGCUUCAGGCUGUUCCUAACAAUGGAGAUUAACCCUAAGGUUCCAGUCAACCUACUGAGAGCAUCGCGUAUCUUCACCUUUGAACCCCCACCUGGUGUGAAGGCUAACCUAGUGCGCACCUUCAGUACAGUGCCUGCCCCUCGCAUGUGCAGGGAGCCACACGAGAGAGCAAGACUCUACUUCCUCCUGGCUUGGUUUCAUGCCACCAUUCAAGAGAGACUCCGCUAUGCUCCACUAGGCUGGACUAAGAAGUAUGAGUUCAAUGAGAGUGACCUCCGCAUGGCCUGUGAUACACUAGACACAUGGCUGGAUAGCGUGGCACAGGGUCGUACCAACUUGUCCCCGGACAAGGUACCCUGGAGUGCACUCCGAACCCUCCUCUCUCAGUGUAUCUACGGAGGCCGUAUAGACAAUGAGUUCGAUCAGAGACUUAUUGACUCAUUUGUGAAUCGUCUGUUCACUGUCAAGAGCUUUGAGUCAGAGUUUGCUCUCAUGGGUGACAUUGAUGGGAAGAAGGGCAAGUCCAUCAACAUGCCUGAUGGAAUAAGACGUGAGCAGUACAUACAGUGGGUGGAGUCACUGCCAGACUCUCAGACCCCCUCAUGGUUAGGACUACCCAACAACGCAGAGAAGGUCUUACUCACCAACAAAGGUACUGCUAUGAUUGUUCGACUGCUCAAGAUGCAAGGAUUGGAGGACGAUGAUGAUAUCACCUCAUCAGUGCCAGGGGCGUCCCCAUUAGCCAAGACCCCCAGUGGAGGGCAAGUGUUUGGUGACGGACGGCCUGCUUGGAUGCGCACACUCCACACAACUGCCACUGAGUGGCUAGUCACCAUUCCAGAGUCCAUGGCCACACUGAAGAGGACUGCUGAGAAUAUAAAGGAUCCACUCUUCAGGUUCUUCGAGCGUGAGGUCAACAGUGGGUCACGCCUACUCACCACUGUAAGGAAUGAUCUCGAUGACAUCAUCAGUGUGUGCGAGGCUCGUAAGAAACAGACCAACUACCUCCGCUCAGUCAUCAGUGACCUCACUAAAGGGAUAAUCCCUGGCAGCUGGAGGAGGUACACGGUUCCUGCUAGCCUAACUGUUCUUCAAUGGGUGACUGAUUUCAGUGAGCGCAUUAAGCAGCUUAGAGAUAUCUCCAAACAAGCCGGCUCUCAGGGCUCCAAGAUAUUCAAGUCUCUCCACAUCUGGCUGGGUGGCUUGUUCACCCCGGAGGCCUACAUCACUGCCACUAGGCAAUAUGUGGCGCAGGCCAACAACUGGUCACUGGAGGAGCUCUACCUAGAUGUGGUGGUUGGGUUCAAGGGUCAGUUGGAUGCGUGUGGCUUUGGUGUGACUGGAGUGAAGUUACAGGGAGCGCAGUGCACGACUAACAAGCUCUCCCUGGCGGCUACUAUCCUCAAUGAUCUCCCCCUGACAGCACUGCAGUGGGUUAGAGUGGAUCCAUCAAAGAUGUCCGCUAUGGCCAAGGGAAAGGUGACACUACCGGUGUAUUUGAACAGUACAAGAGCGGAGCUACUCUUUACGUUAGACUUUCAAGCGGAGGAUAUGACCCCCAGUGGGGGUCAUCAUUACUACGAAAGAGGCGUGGCUCUACUAUGCUCCACCCUCUAGCGAUGAACUCUAUACUAUACUAGCUAGUAGUUGAAUGAACUCUAUAUUCUUGUUUAUAGUUAUUUACUUUAUAGACAACUGUACAUAGUGGUUAUUAUGUCAUUAGUGGUUAUGUCAUUGCGUAGAUCAUUUGUACAGUACAAGUGGUCAUGAAUCAUAAUGGUGAAGAGUUAUUUCAUUGAA